CCAGGUCCCUCCAGCAGAGGCCAUUCCUCUGAGACCACAGGAGCUGCACCAUGCCUGUGACGCUGGGUUACUGGGAUAUCCGCGGGUUGGCCCACGCCAUCCGCCUGCUCCUGGAAUACACGGACACCAGCUAUGAGGAAAAGAGAUACACCAUGGGGGACGCUCCCGACUAUGACAGAAGCCAGUGGCUGAGUGAGAAAUUCACGCUGGGCCUGGACUUUCCCAAUCUGCCCUACCUAAUUGAUGGGACUCACAAGCUCACGCAGAGCAACGCCAUCCUGCGCUACCUGGCCCGCAAGCACGGCCUGUGUGGGGAGACAGAAGAGGAGAGGAUUCGCGUGGACAUUCUGGAGAACCAGGUUAUGGACACCCGCUUCCAACUAGGCAUGAUGUGCUACAGUCCUGACUUUGAGAAGCUGAAGCCCGAGUACCUGAAGGGGCUCCCUGAGAAGCUGCAGCUGUACUCGCAGUUCCUGGGGAAGCGGCCCUGGUUCGCAGGGGACAAGAUCACCUUCGCCGAUUUCCUUGUCUACGACGUCCUUGACCAGAACCGGAUAUUUGAGCCCGCGUGCCUGGACGCGUUCCCAAACCUGAAGGAUUUCAUGUCCCGCUUCGAGGCCCUGCCGAAGAUCUCUGCCUACAUGAAGUCCAGCCGCUUCAUCAGAAGACCUGUGUAUUUGAAGACAGCCACAUGGAGGGGAUUAUAGGUCCCUGGAAGGAGGUGGGCAUGGCGCUGGGAGCUCAGGUCUCCCUGGCCUGGCCUUGGGCUUCUCCCCACC